AUGCGUCUAAAGGAGUUACUUCCAAAUUUUUUAAUCGUUCAUCAGGAGGUCCCUGACAAUCCCAUUGCAUUCAAGUCUUCUGAUAAACGAGAGGAUGACAAUAAAAAGGUGACCGUCCCAGAAUUAAUUAAGGCUAAAGUUCCCGAGCUGACAGAUGGUGCCACUGGCAUUUUAUAUGGCUUACUGGUGAACGGUCAUUUACAGACUGCAUAUGGCUCGGUUAGGCGCUUUGAUAAUAUAGAUAAAGUCCAAUAUAAAAGACUGAUAAUGAAAUAUCCACAUGGGGGUGAAGGCACGGUAGAUUUUGUUGUAAAGGAUAAGAGUACCAACAAAAGAAGGAAAGUUGAGAAAGAGUACAUGCCGAGAAAUCAGCCGAUAUUCGAUGGAAACUUGAAACGAAGAUAUUCGUACUAUUCCCCUGACGAUCCCAAGUUAAAAUCAGACGACGCAAAGCCUAUGCUUAUUAUUCUGCAUGGGUUAACGGGAGGCUCCAGGGAGAGCUAUGUAAGGGCAAUUGUUCAUGAAAUCACCACGAAGUAUGACUUCGAAGCAUGCGUGUUUAACGCAAGGGGGUGUUGCUAUUCUGCGAUCACGACACCCCUAUUAUACAAUGGGGGAUGGACUAACGACAUAAGAUACUGUGUUAAUGACUUGAGGAAAAGAUUUCCGAAUAGAAAAUUCUACAUGAUGGGGUUCUCGUUAGGAGCAUCUAUAAUGACAAAUUAUUUGGGGGAAGAGUCUGAUCGUACGAAGAUUGAAUGCGCUAUUUCCGUUAGUAAUCCUUUCGAUUUGUACAACUCCGCAUAUUUCAUUAAUAGUACACCAAUGGGGUCACGAUUCUACUCACCUGCAUUGGGCCACAACUUGCUACGUAUGGUUCGAAACCACCUUUCUGUCUUGGAGGAAAAUCCUAACUUUAAAGCCAUUAUCGAGCAAAAUUUGAAAAAAAUUCGUACAGUCAGGCAAUUUGAUAAUUUGUUGACAGGACCGAUGUUUGGAUAUAAGAAUGCAGAGGAGUAUUAUAAGAAUGCUUCUUCAUAUAAAAGAAUCCCAGGGAUCAGAACGCCAUUUAUAGCGCUGCACGCUCAGGAUGACCCAAUUGUCGGUGGCGAUCUCCCUAUAAAUCAGAUAAAAUCCAACCCUUACACUCUGCUCCUAGAGACUUCAAUCGGUGGUCAUGUUGGGUGGUUCAAAGACAGAUCUGGCAGAAGAUGGUAUACAGAGCCCCUAUGCAGACUUUUGAAGGCAUUUCACGAUGAAAUCACAGUGAAAGGCUUGAAACCUGACUUGGAAAAUGUGGAACUUCCAAGCCCUAACUGUGAGCCCAUAGCCACAACUUUCCCGUCAAAGUAG